CAUCAGUUUGCACUGUGGAAAUAGUGAGUAAAGUUCACGAACUUGAGAGGGUUAUCACGGCAAAAUGAUGGACUUUGUGACACCCAGCAGCCGUUCGAACCCAGUGGCCUAGCCCAUACGAUGUGCCUCAAUGUUUAAUCUCCGGACUAAUGAUCACCAACUAUAAUUUUACGACCAUUAAAGUUAUUUUAAACGGACGUGGACCGCCUGCAUAAAUUUCGUUAUACAGCCAGCCUUCUCGCUAUGUUACGUGCGAGGAAAUUGGUACAGCUCUUCGUCAAGUCGAAUCUGUGCACGAGCAGCGCUGUAGCAUCAGAAGCAAUGGCGACUCUAUCGAAGCGUGGGCAAGUUGCCGUUGUGACUUUGACAAACCCGCCACUCAAUGUCUUGAGCUACCCAACUAGAGCUUCUAUAGUUCAAUCAAUCAAGGAAGCAGAGCAAGAUACAUCAGUAAAGAGCAUAGUCCUCUGCGGCUCUGGCAGAGCAUUCUGUGCCGGGGCUGAUAUCACAGAAUUCACCAAUCCUGAACUGGUCUUCAAAGAACCACACUUGAUAGAUGUGACCAAAGCGGUAGAAGCAUGUAGCAAACCCGUUGUAGCAGUCAUGCAUGGUACAUCACUAGGAGGUGGGGUAGAGCUUGCACUAGGAUGCCAUUACAGACUCAUACAUAAAGCUGGAAAGAUUGGUCUUCCAGAAGUGCACAUUGGUCUAGUCCCUGGAGCGACAGGAACUCAGAAGGUCCCUCGGGUCAUGUCAAUCCCUAAUGCCAUUGAUAUGAUAACCUCAGGACGCCAUAUAUCGGCCAAGGAGGCUCACAAGAUGGGCAUUAUUGACAAGGUACUGGAAGACGAUUACAUGGAGCAGGGCGUGGCCUUCGCAGAGAGCAUUGCCGGUGAUCCAGUAGGACCAAGGCGUGUCAGUCAGAUGCCGGUCAAGGUUGAUGAGACCACACCCAUGGUCUUCAAAAUGGCUUAUGAGAAGGUUGCAGCCAAAGCCAGAGGCAUGUACUCUCCUCUCUUCUGUGUUAAGGCUAUAGAGGCUGCAACAAAGGCAAGCUCCUUUGAGGAAGGCCUCAAGAUGGAGAGACACAUUUCAGAAUUCCUUGGCCUCGGAGAACAGUCCGGAGCUCUCCAAUACGCCUUCUUUUCCGAACGAGCCGUAUCCAAGUGGCAUGUCCCUGAUGGGUCGGCCAGCUACAAGACAGCCAAGGGUCAAGAGGUCAAAUCAGCUGCUGUGAUUGGUGCAGGUACCAUGGGUGUCGGCAUCACGAUGUCAAUGGUCAUGGCUGGUAUACCGACCUAUCUCACAGAGCAGAACCAACAGUACCUUGACAAAGGUCUGAAGAUGGUGCAGGGUAUCCUAGCUCAUGGGGUCAAGCAGGGUCGUAUGAGCGAGUCCAAAGCCCAGCAGAUCUUCUCCUUGGUCCGUCCGACCCUGACCUACAAUGACCUGAAGGACGUUGAUGUGGUGGUCGAAGCGGUCUUUGAGAACAUGGCCUUGAAGAAGGAGAUCUUGAAGACACUUGAUGGUGUCUGCAAGCCCAGUGCCAUCCUUGCUAGUAAUACAUCCACACUGGAUAUUGAUGAGAUGGCUUCAGCCACCACUCGUCCUGAUAAGGUGAUGGGGAUGCAUUUCUUCUCUCCUGCUCACAUCAUGAAACUCCUGGAGAAUGUCAGAGGUAAAGAUACCUCACCAGAAACCAUGGCAACAGCUAUGGAUCUUGGGAAACGCUUGAAAAAGAUCUCAGUCUUGGUUGGCAACUGCCCUGCCUUUGUUGGAAACAGAAUGCUUGGGCCAUAUUCUAGAGAGGCCAUCUUCCUCCUGGAAGAGGGUGCUCUUCCCAACGAGGUAGACCAGGUCUUGGAGGACUUUGGUCUAGCUAUGGGUCUCUGUAGGAUGGGAGACUUGGCAGGUCUUGAUGUCGGGUAUAAGAGUCGUAAGGAAUAUGGUUACAUUCAGAGAGAAGGACAAGAUGAUUUCAUCAGGAAAGGAGAGCGCUACAGUCCUCUGUCUGAUUGGAUGGUGGAGAAUGGAAGACUUGGACAGAAAGCAGGCAAGGGUUUCUACAACUAUGGCAAGCCAGGCGGUCGCAAGCCAGCAGUCGAUCCUGAGGUCACUCAGAUGAUCAUGGAGGUCUCAGAGAAGGCUGGUAUCACUAGACGACACAUCCCAGCACAGGAGAUUCUUGAGCGGUGUCUGUAUGGUCUUAUCAACGAAGGUUUCAAGUGCUUAGAAGAGCAGAUAGCAUCAUCGGAUGAAGAUAUAGAUAUGGUCUGGUUGUAUGGUUAUGGUUGGCCGAGACAUACAGGAGGACCCAUGUACUACGCUAAGAAUAUCGUUGGCCUGCCUAAAGUUCUGGAGAGAAUAAUGUUUUACCACUUCGAACAUCCUAACAGUCCAUACUGGAAGCCUAGCCAGCUACUCAUAGACAGAGUAUCAGAGGAGCACCCACACGCCAGCAAACUGUAGCAAGCCAGUAAAUUCUUCAUACAGAAGCCACAUUGGAAGUGACUUCAUAAUCAAAUUUUCACAAUUCAUUGAAAUGACCUGUUUCAAUAAGCUAAGCUUGCAUUCUAUGAAGUUCCAUUUCAUCAUACUGCAUCCGCAAUAGCGCCAGCUACGACAUAGGUCUGAGGAAGCUUGCAGGAUGCAAGUGAAAGCUUAAUACCAAAACAGGAAUUUUGUCCACUGAUUGUGAAGAAAGAACUCUAAUUCAAGUAACAUCACCAAUCAGAUGAACCUCUUCAGUGAUUAAUCAACAGUGUUUGAUUUAGGAUGUACAGAUCAUUCCAGAUAUCUGAAUUCCAAAAUCUUUAUAAAUGAAGCUCCAAAAGACCAAAGAUGAUAGAUUAUUCAUUGCAGAUCUAUUUUUCUACCCGAGUCCCACCGCUAAGCCAACCGACUUGGUCAUUCUUCUGUCUUUCGUUCUGUGUGUUGACAAAUAUAGUGUCAGCCAUGCUGGUUUGACUAUAGUAUUAGUUAAUAGCUUACCGAGAUAAUGGCAACUCAAGUUAUUAAUUUGAUAAUAUUACUUCUUAUUCUUUAAUAAUUCAAUUAUUUUUAUAAAAUGCGGUUGGUAUAUGUCUUUUUGCAUACAUGUGAUCAUAUGGAUUAGCUAAUAUGCCAAGUAUGUAUUCUAUUUUGCCCUAAAAUAUGGAUUCUGUGCAAAAGUAAAAUGUAAAAGGAAAUACAGCUGCAAUGUGACUGAUGAAGUCCUACAUGUAAUGUGUAUCCAGUAUAGAAAUGAAAUCCCAAAAUAUUAGAUAAAUGUUUUAUUUAUCCAUCGUUAGUAUUUUUUUUUUUGAAGAACAAAUUGCCUAAUAUAUUGAAUGCUUGCCCUAUCAGGUAUAAUACACAAUACUCAAAUACAAAGAUUUUAUAGCAAACCAGUUUUUAUAAGGAGGCUCUACUGUACCAUUAUUUUGUUAAAAUCAAAAACAAGAAAGAUGGCCAAUUUAUGUAACAGAAGUACAUCAGCUGAUAUGUUUCUAUACAUCGUAUUUUAUUGGUCAUUAUUGUGAUAGGCAGUGGAGAAGAGACUGCACAAUGUAAUGGUUAUAACAAUAUGUCAAUGUAAUUUUUGUCAAUGAAGUUUUCACAUUGAUUAAGUGAAGUGCCUUCAUAAUUACAUGUAUAACUUGUUUACAAUACUGAAAUGGAUUUAAUCAUGUGAAGAAAUGUCAUUUGAUUGGUAUUUUGGCAAACUUGUUGGUUUGUUAUCAUUUCUUGGAAGGAAAAAAUGUAAUGGAAAAAUACAAACAAAUAAACGAUUUUAAGAAAAUGAGAAUUAUGUAUGAACUAUGUGUUGUCUUUUAACCUUCCUGAAAUAGUUGGAUGAAUGGAUAAUUUGUUCACUUAUGAACUGCAAUUGCUGUUCAAAUGUUUUCAAACUUAUGUGCCCCCCCCCCUUAUGAUCCUAAAUCUACUGCUCAUAAUAAAUCUCUUUUCAACAGGAAAAUUGGGGCAACUUAAACAGAAGUGGCAAUUGUGUCACUACCUAAAUGUAGGAGGAAUAGCUUUGUAUAUGCUUCCAUUUAGAUCGAUAAUUGAAGGGGUGAAAAUAUCAAUUCUAAAAAAUGAAUACUGUACAUGUAUGUGAUAAUUCAUACAAUAAACAUUGCCUAUGUUUCAACUUGCCUAUACAGACAAAUUUUAUAUACUAUGUAGCAUGUGUUUUCUAAUUUGAAAUUCCAGACAUGAUAAUAAAGUGAAAUUAUUUUA